AUGGUGGCCGUCGAUCCAAAUUCCGUCAAAAUCUAUACCGUGAAUGGCGCUCCUGCCGGGUCUUCUUCCUCGCUGCCAGACUGGCUCAUUCGCAAGCGAGCUGCCAAAGCCAAGGGCAAACGUGCAGUCCGAGAACAUGUUGAAGGCACCAUCGAGCUCAUCCAACAUUUCGAGUUCCCCGAAGCGAGCAAUCGUGUCCGGACGACACGAGAUGGGCACCAUAUUAUUGCGACUGGCACGUAUAAGCCUCAGAUGCGAGUCUGGGACUUGGACCAGUUGGCUCUGAAGUUUGAAAGGCAUUCAGACGCGGAGAAUGUCGAUUUUAUAAUUCUAUCCGACGACUGGACAAAAUCUCUGCACCUUCAAGCGGAUCGUACUAUUGAACUGCAUACGCAAGGAGGAUUCCAUUAUCGAACACGAAUACCUCGUUUCGGUCGCUCUGUCGCAUACCACUUUCCUUCCUGCGACGCCUUAUUCGGUGCGUCAGGAUCUGAAGUCUAUCGACUCAACCUGGACCAAGGCCGUUUCCUAAAUCCUCUCGGGCUUGGGAAUGACGACGACAGUGUUGAGGGUGUCAACGUGAUCGACAUCAACCCAGCACAUGGGCUAUGUGCAUUUGGCCUUGACGGCAAUGGGACCGUUGAAUUCUGGGAUCCUCGCUCACGAAGUAAUGUCGGCAUCCUGCGAUUACCACGUUCGCGUCUCCUUCCUUCUGGCAACCUAGGGUCUUCAACUCUGUUGAAUGGCACGGAUGGCAUGGGUGGAUCUGGCUUGUCUAUUACCGCCCUUUCGUCUCGAUCAGACGGCUUAUCAUACGCAGUCGGCACAUCGACCGGCCACACACUCUUAUACGAUAUCCGUUCCCCACAGCCGUUUGCCAUCAAGGACCAAGGCUACGGUCUCCCUGUCAAGAGGGUAUCUUGGAUUGAGAGCGGAAGCAGGAUGGCAGGUGACGGCCUCAUACUCAGUGCAGACAAGAAGGUCGUAAAGAUUUGGGACAGAAAUAGCCCUUCAACAAAUUUCACGUCGCUCACCCCCGCGAACGAUCUUAACGAUAUUCAUCAUAUCCCCAGCAGCGGCCUGCUCAUGACCGCGAAUGAAGGUAUACAAAUGGCAACGUACUAUAUCCCGCAAUUAGGCCCUGCUCCACGAUGGUGCUCCUUCUUGGAGAACUUGACUGAAGAGAUGGAAGAGGGCGCUGGUGGUGCUCGUGGGAUCUAUGAAGACUACAAGUUUGUCUCUCGGGCCGAGCUUGCUACCCUUGGUUUGGACCAUUUGACCGGCACUGCGGCUCUCAAACCGUACAUGCACGGCUACUUCAUCUCACUCAAGUUGUACGAUGCGGCCCGUGUCAUCACCAAUCCUUAUGUGUACGAAGAAGCUCGCGAGAAGAUGGUCAAAGACAAGCUCGACAAGCUCGCCGAAGGCCGCAUUCGCGCGCGCAAGGACCAAGCCAGCGUCAAGGUCAACAAAGCCCUCGCUGAGAAGGUGGCCAGGGAUGCGGAGCGUGCGCGCAAGCGGGAGGAACGCAAGACGCGGAAGAAGGCGGUGGAUUUCAUGGAUAUCGAUGAGGCUGCUGAAGGAGAGGAGACGGCCAAGGGCGAAGUUGCGAACCUUUUGACCGAUCCGCGGUUCAAGGCGCUGUUCGAAGACCCUGAGUUCGAGGUGGACACGCAAAGCAGAGAGUUUGCACUUCUCAACCCAUCGACCGCGGCGCAGGGUAAGGGUAAAUGGGCAGAAGGCCGGAAGGAGGGUGCUGGGCGAUCAGCAGGUAAAACCGCCGUCGAGGACGAGGAAGAGGAAAGCGAAAAACAUUCGUCGGAUGACGGCACUGACAGCGAAGAUGGCUCUGGUAGCGAUGAUAGCAGCGAUGCUGGUGAUCUGCGUCCAUCACACGAGGCCGCGCGAAAAAGCGAAAUGGCCAGUCGUCACAAAGCCCACGCAAAAGUUCGCCUCGUUCCCGUGCGCCCAAACACCGCAAAUUCCAACGCAACCGCCAAGUCCCUCUCCUUUGGUCAACGGCGGUCAAAUUCUCGCACAUCUUUCUCUACUUCUAAGAACCGUCCUUCCGCUGAUGAGCACGUCGUGCGCAAAGCCGACGGCACCGUCGAGAUGAGUUGGGUACCCUCUGGCCGUUCAUCGGAGAAGUAUGCAGGUGGCGAUGGGGAUGAUGCAGAUGGGAAGCGCCGGCGCGGCAAGGGCAAGGAAGAUACGAGGAAGGGUGUGGAGCGGUUCGGAGCAGGCAUGGAGCGGGGAGGCGAGGAACCGUAUGGUAGUGGGAAGGGGUUGAGUGAGCAGGACAGGAGCGGAAGGACGGAGCGCAGGCGGGGGGUCAGAAGUGGAAGUAAAAAUACGUUCAGACGGUUAUAGGUCCCACGACCCAUCCGGAGGACAGGUGGAUUUCGAUAUCUGUGUGCUGCUUUCUUUUGUUCUAUCUCCCUGUAUGUCCCGGGUGCGACCUUGUUCCCGGUGGGUGUGAACGAGAAAACCCACUUUCGAAUC